CUUCGAGCCCCACCUCCAGGCCUGGCUCCAGAGGGGUGCCCCGGUGACCCGCGUCCGGGCAAGGGAAACCUGAAUCCAUUAAUUGUAUUCGUCAUAGGGGUUUUUGGAGCCGUGCUUUGACUGGUCCCUCACCUAGGACUUGUUUGCCAUGGGUGACGCUGCCAGGGGCAUAAAGCCCAAGACAACUUAGCUCCUAGGAUCAUUGGGACACACAAACCCCUCCACCACGAUAAGGUGACGGCUCAAGGAGGGGUAGGAUCUUUCAGUCAAAGAAAAAGUAAAAGUAAAAUUGCUUCGUAGUUAAACAGCCACAUUGACCUAGAGUUUUCUCGCAGACAGUUGUACUUUUCUGUCAGUUUCUCAUUUGGUUUACAUGCACACGCAGAGACACACACACACACACACACACACACACACCAUUACAAAUAUUAAAUAGCCUACAGCAUCUUCAUUUUAAUAAUCAUUAUUUACCAUUAGGGCUGGGACGAUCCAGCUAAACCAGAUUCUAGUGAUUUUCUCCCCGUAGACACUAAUGUAGUUGAUGUGGCUAAUUAGCAGCUAGCUGGGAGUUAACCUGCAAGCUAACCACUCCCAAUAGUUUACUUAUAGCGGAGGUUUGCCUGUGGAGUUAGCAGAGGUUAGCCUAUUUCCAUAUCGAUAUUAUCAGCAACCUUGUUUCCAGCCAAGGUAAGGCAGCUUUAUUUAUAUAGCGUGUUUUAUACACAAGAUAAUUCAAUGUGCUUUACUUGAUUAAAAGUACAUUUGAAAGCAUUUCAAAACAAACAGAAAAAAUACAACUCAAUGUGCUUUACUUGAUGAAGAUUACAACAUUUGAAAGCAUUUAAAAACAAAGAGCAAAUUGAAGUGAUUAACAGGCUCAUCUGGCGGGCCUCUUGCCGCUUACCGUACUGUUUGUUUAACGUUAAUGGGCUAGUAUAAGUAGUUUUGAGCAGAGCUUUACAUGAACUUUUUUGCUCACCAGCCACUGUUGCUAGUGGUUUCUUUGCAUUACUAGCCACUCAGCAUUUUCACUAGCCACAAUUGUGUUGAUGGAUGAUAGGGGUUUUGCGCAACCAACUUCCACAUUGGGUAAAAUAUGUUGAAGCACUUCCUUCCAGUUCAGGUGACUGGUGGAGCUGUACGCACGAGGCCGGGACAAAGCAAGUGUGUAAAUAUUAAACAUCGGCACUGUCUUUUAUUUUACACAAGAUGUCUUCAAGAACUACCAAAGAUGACCAUAUCAGAUUGGACAAGAUGAUGGCCGAAGAUUGCGAUUCAGAGAAAAAUAAACACAUUUUAUCUAUGGAAGGAACCAAGAAUGGCGGUGGGAAACCUACCGCAUCACUUUUUGGAAAGUACAAGCAGAGUGUUCAGACCCUCAAACCUUUGCGGUGGACCUCGUCACAGCCACACCCAGUUGACAACGCGGGGUUCCUGUCCUUCGCCACCUUCACGUGGAUGACCUCCAUGAUGUGGGCCAUGUACCGAAAAAGGCUGGACGUGAGCACCCUUAACCUGUCACCUUUGGACGAGGCCGGUGGAAGCACAGACAGGCUCCAGAGACUCUGGGAGGAGGAAGUAGCAAAGUCGGGUCUGGAAAAGGCCUCUUUGGUCCGAGCCAUUUUUCAUUUCCAAAGAACCAGGCUCAUUCUCUCUGUCAUGGUCGGGGUCCUCGCCAUGUUGUCAGCAUUUCUGGGUCCGGCUGUUUUGGUCUACCUGCUCCUGAACUACGUAGACGACCCUUCCAAGUCAACCCAGGCGCACGGCAUCGGCCUCUGCUUUGCUCUGUUCACCUCUGAGUUUUUCAAGGGCUUCUUUAUUUCAAUACUGUGGGCAGUCAACCUGCGCACCGCCGUCCGGCUGAAGGGGGCCUUCAGCGCACUUGCCUACCAGAAGGUCAUCUCGCUGCGGGUGCACAGUGGCAUCUCCAUGGGAGAGGUCAUUAACGUCUUGACUAACGACGGCCACAAACUGUUUGAGGCCGUACUGUUCGGCAGCUUCAUACUGUCAGCACCGGUGCUCUUCUUUGUGUGUAUCAUCUACGCCUGCUACAUCCUGGGCAUCACGGCGCUGAUGGGCGUCGUUACCUACCUGGUCUUCAUUCCGGUACAGCUUUUCAUGGCCAAGCUCAUCAACAAGUUCCGGCACAAAGCCGUCUUGAUGACAGACAGUCGCGUUCGCAUCAUGAACGAGAUCCUCAACAGCAUCAAGCUCAUCAAGAUGUACGCCUGGGAAGACUCCUUUGAGAAGACGAUUUCAGAGUUGAGGCAAAGAGAGAAAAAACAUCUGCGCAUAGCCAGUUACAUCCAGAAUGCCAACACUAGCAUCACCAGCAUCAUCCCCACCCUGGCCACCGUACUCACCUUCAUGCUGCACACCUUGUUGGGCUGGAAGAUCAACAUUACUGAAGCCUUCACCACCAUCGCCAUUUUCAAUGCCAUGCGCUUCUGUCUGGCUCUGAUGCCGUUGUCCGUGAAGGCUCUGGCCGAGGCCAACGUGUCCAUUGCACGUCUCAAGAAAAUAUUGCUGAUCCCGAAUCCAGAUCCCUAUUUGGUGCAGAGGAAAGAUGGCGACUUCGCCAUCGAGAUGACGAAUGCUACCUUGUCUUGGAACAAGCCCGACAGCUGGAGCGACGCACCCCAUCCUGGUGUGAUCAACGGGGGGACGGGGACAGCCAACGGAGAAAUUGGACACAAGCUGGAUGAAAAAAAUGACUUCCUGCCCACUUUGAGGAACGUUUCCUUCUCGCUUCCCAAGGGCAAGUUACUGGGUGUCUGCGGGAAUGUGGGAAGUGGCAAAACCUCGCUGAUUUCUAGUAUUUUAGAGCAGAUGCACCUCCUCCAGGGCUCGAUCACGGCCGAGGGGACCUUUGCGUACGUUUCCCAGCAGGCGUGGAUCUUCCAUGGAAGCGUGCAAGAAAAUAUCCUGAUGGGGAACCCUUUGGACAUGGAGAAAUACGAAAGAGUUUUGGACGUGUGCAGCCUUUGGGCUGACAUGAAGAUACUCCCACAAGCCGAUCACACAGAGAUCGGUGAGCGUGGCCUCAACCUGUCGGGCGGCCAGAAGCAGAGGAUCAGCCUGGCCCGGGCGGUUUACGCUGACAAGGACAUCUUCCUGCUAGACGACCCUCUCUCGGCCGUGGACGCCCAUGUCGGCAAGCACAUCUUUGAAGAGUGCAUCAAGCGUCAGCUGCGGGGAAAGUCCGUCAUCCUGGUCACGCAUCAGCUCCAGUAUCUGGAGUUCUGUGACGACAUUCUGGUACUGGAGGACGGCGAGGUCCUGGAGUCAGGGAACCACCAGGCGCUGAUGAGGGCCAACGGACGCUAUGCUCAGCUCAUCAGCGGUUACCAAGCAGAACAGGCCAAAACUAAGAAAGAAGCAGAGGAGGCUCAGCCCAUGAAAGCGAAGGAGGCUGAGCUGAGAGAACCCCCAAACAGUGGCAUAGUCAACCCAGCCUUCGACCUGACAGACGAAGACGAGGUGGAAGGCAUAACCAGCCAAAAAUUGUGUCAGAGAAUUUCAACAGUGGAGGGGGCCAACCAACUGGUCAGCAAGGAGUCAUCCACAGAGGGGCCUGUCUCCUGGAGGACUUACAGACAGUACUGCAAGGCAGCAGGAGGUUACAUUAUCAUCUUCCUCAACUUCCUCAACGUGGUGCUGAUGAUUGGCUCCACGGCCUUCUGCAACUGGUGGCUCAGUUAUUGGCUUGGCCAGGGCAGUGGGGUCCAGUUGGCCAACGGGACCGCGUCAGAGCCGGGCGACAUUUCCAAGAAUCCGGAACUGCACUUCUACCAGCUGGUCUACGGCAUGAUGGUGGUGGUCAUGGUGGCCCUGGCCAUUGUCAAGUGCUUCUUCUACACCCAUGUUACCUUGAAUGCCGCCUGCCACUUCCAUGACACCAUGGUCAAGAAGAUCAUAGCCAGCCCCAUGAGCUUCUUUGACACCACACCAACGGGCCGCAUUCUUAACCGCUUCUCCAAAGACCAGGAAGAGCUGGACAGUGUUCUCCCAGUCCACAUGGAUCCUUUCCUGCAGUUCGCCCUGCUGGUGACCUGCACUGUGAUCAUCAUCUCUGCGGUCUUCCCUCCCAUGCUCAUCGGCGUGCUCAUCAUGGGACUUUUGUUCACGCUCCUGCUCUUCGUUUUCCAGAGGAGCAUCCGCCUGAUGAAGAAGAUGGAGAACAUCAGUCGCUCUCCUUGCAUCUCCCUCACCACAUCCACCCUUCAGGGCCUCAGCACCAUCCACGCCUAUAACAUGAGAGACAGCCACAUCAAGCUGUUCAAGUCCCUGAAUGACAUCAACUCCAACCACUAUAUGCUCUUUAACUCCGGGACCCGCUGGCUGGCCUUCAGGCUUGACUUCAUGGCAGCCACGCUGACCUUGUUUGUGUCGCUCUUUGUGGUUCUGAGCCGUAACGAGGACAUCAGUCCGUCCUUAAAGGGUCUAGCUUUGUCCUACACCAUACAGCUGACGGGCAUGCUGCAGUACGUGGUGAGGCAAGCCACAGAGGUGGAAGCCAGGUUCAACUCAGUGGAGAGGCUGCAGGAGUACAUAACGGGGUGUAAGUCCGAGGCUCCCAGACACCUGGAGGACGCUUGUAUGCCAGAAAACUGGCCCACGGGGGGGUCCAUCGCCUUCCAGAACUACAAGAUGAGGUAUAGAGAGAACACGCCCAUUGUCCUGAAUGGGCUGGACUUCAUCAUCCGAGCUGGAGAGAAGCUGGGCAUCGUGGGAAGGACGGGUUCUGGUAAGUCCUCUUUAGGGGUGGCGCUGUUCCGGCUAGCUGAACCAGCCGCGGGAAGCAUCCUGAUAGACGGAGUUGACAUCUCGGCCAUCGGUUUGCAAGAUCUGCGUAGCAAACUGUCCAUCAUCCCCCAGGACCCCGUGCUUUUCGUCGGCACAGUCAGGCACAACCUGGACCCCUUUAACAGCUACAGUGACAAGAAGAUCUGGGUAGCACUGGAGAGGACCUACAUGAAGGACUCUAUCUCCAAACUGGAGGGUCACCUUCAGGCGCAGGUGUUGGAGAACGGAGAGAACUUCUCAGUUGGAGAGCGACAGUUGAUCUGCAUGGCGAGAGCGUUGCUACGCAACUCCAAGAUCAUUCUUUUGGAUGAGGCGACAGCGUCCAUCGACGCCGAGACCGACGCCAUGAUCCAGACAACCAUCAGAGACGCCUUUCAGGACUGCACCAUGCUCACCAUCGCACACCGUAUAAACACUGUAAUACACGCCGACCGCAUUCUGGUCAUGGACAACGGAAAGGUGGCAGAACUGGACACUCCAGACGUGUUGUCGCAAAGGUCCGACUCGCUGUUCUCCUCACUCCUGGACGCCGCAAACUCCGUGAGCACGUCGGAGGCAAAUUGAUCUGCACCCAAUAUGCGUUUCAUCUUGUAUUUGUCUUGCACAUGUACUAGCAUUGAGGGCAAAGAGACAAUGUGUUGAUUUUUUUUUUUUUUUUUUUUUACAGUGAGAGAGAGAGAUGAUGUGUAUUUAAAUGCUAUUAUUUAUUGAUUCAUGUUUGACUUUGCAAUCACUUUUUCAAGUGUCGUGCAAGUUUAAAUCAAAUCCAUAAGAAAGUUUUUUCAAUUGAUUUACUGUUUUGUUUGUUUCCAUACUGCUGCUCAUUCUUGGCCACACGGCGGCGGCAGUGGUCUUUGCCUGACUGACAACACAGCAGUGACAUAACUGUGCUUGAAUUGAAUGAUAAUGACGUCAUAUUUAAGGGAACAAAAAUACUGCGAUAUAAAUUUGAAAAACUUUUUCUAAAAAAAAGUUCAAUGAACAAUUUUUGGUCUGUUUCAGUUUAUUUUGUUGUAUUUAAUUGUAUUUUAUUAGAAUCCCUCCAAGGGAAAUUUACCACUGUACCUCAAGACAGUUGUCAUUUAAGUACUUUUAUUGAAGCUACAGUUUACGUAUAUUAAGUAAGUAACAGAGUACAUUAUGAUGAAGUAUUAGUCAACACAAUGUCAAAACAGUUUGAGAUUAUUAGUACUUUUGCUGGACUGAGGCAUUCAUACUUCUAAAGAAGGUGCAGUACAUUCACACUGGUAUCAGUACUUUUUUCUCAAGUAAUAGAGUAUGGUUCUGUGUCAGUUAUCUUUCUGAUGGAACAAGAUUCAGCGAGUAAUGUGGUGCUGGAGAACUUGGGAGACAAGCGAUGAGCACUUGCACAACCCCUGGCUAAAAUUAUGGAAUCAUUGCUCCUGGAGGAUGAUCAUCACAUGUUUAAUUUUGGAGAAAAAAGGCAAAUCAUGAAUAUUCCACAACAUUUUUAUUCAAAAUGACACCCUUCUGGCAUUAAGAAACACUUAAAAAAGCAAGAAAAAAAAGUGUUGUAGUAAUAAAAAAUAAAAACACACUACAUUAGUACUCUUUAUCAACCUGGCUCCAACUUCCUCUGAUUGCUGUUACCAGCUCAGCUUUGCAGGUCAGAGCCUUGCCACAUUGAGCAUUGUCUUUCGUUCCUGUCACAGAUUUUCGAUUGGCUUGAGAUGACAUGACAUUGACGUCAUGUCUUUCGUCACGGAAGCUUUUUGUUCUAUGGCAUGCUUUGUCAUCUUAAAAAAAAAAACGUCAUCGCCAAACAUCCUUUCAAUCAAUGGAAUCAGAAAAGUUUCCAAAAUCUCUAUGUAAACUUGUGCAUUUAUUGAAGAUGUAAUGACUGUCAUCUCCCAUGUGCCUUUACCUCAAAUGCAGCCCCAUAUCAUCAAUGACUGUGGAAAUUUGCACAUUUUCGUCAGCCAGUCAUUUUCAUAAAUCUCAUUGGAACAGCACCAAACAAAGGUUCCAGCAUCAUCACUUUGCGCAAGGCAGAUUUACGAUUCAUCACUGAGUAUCACUUAUUGUACAUCCAGUCUUCCACAGUCCAUAGUUACAUGCCCCUUGUAGCCUUGUUUUUGGCUAUUCUGUAUGUAAAUCGUAUUUCCUUUAGGUGGUUUCUUACAGUUCGGUCACAGACAUUGACUCCAGUUUAUGCCCAUUUGUACCUCAUUUACUUUGUUGUGCAUUUUCUAUUUUCAGGACGUGCCUGUGAAUAUUCUCCAUUCAUCCAGGUCAUUUCAUUCUCAGGGCAUUGAAUCGAUUGCAACUGGACUGUUCUGUUUGUCUUAGAAGACGUUUCGCCACUCAUCUGAGCAGGCUUCAUUAGCUCAUCCAACAAGGCUUAGUUACGACGCACUUGCCCAAAUUUCAAGACAUAUUGCUGUAAGUUUUCUAUCUUGUCGCGUUGAGGUCUACCAGGACGCUUCCCCUUUACAACCUUCCCAUUUUGUUUUUACUUGAUCCAGAUAUUAGUCACUGCUGACUGGAAACAAGCAACGUCUUUUGCAACACUGUGAUGUUUUACCUUCUUCAAGGAUUUUUAUAAUUGUUUCUGUUGUGUCAAUGGACAUCUCUUAUAUUGGAGCCAUGAUUCAUGUCAAUCCACUUGGUGCAACAGCUCCUCAAGGCGUGAACACUCUUAUUUAACUGCUGACUAAUUGGCAGAUUCAAUCUGAUGUAGGUGUUUGUUUUAGAACUGAAAAUUACAAGCUGAUUCCAUAGUUCUUUCCUCAGAAUUGAGCAAGUCCAUAUUUUUUUCCUUGACUUGCUCCCCACCCAAAAAAUAAUUGUGUCUGAGUUCAACAACUUUCUUUUUUGCAUGUUUGAGUGUUUCUUCAAGCCAGUUAGGGUGGUAUUUUGAAUAAAAAUUGUUUUUGGAACAUC